AGCAGCGUGGGGCUGCCCGCGUGAGGCUGCCGCACUUGGGGCCCAGCAGGGCGAGCUGGGGGUCCGUGACCCGAAAGCCCCUUGGGAGCGACGCGGCGGCGAAGGGGGGCACUGUGCAGAGGCAGCCUCGACCCCAGGACUGGCGGAGAAGCCGAAGGCCGCCACCGCCCCCCCCCCCCCGGAGGGCCCACGGCUUGGCGCCUCCGACGGGGGUUGACCCCGACCUUUCACCUACGGAGGGGGCCGCGCAGGGACCUUCCCCCGCGGGUAAGGGAGGGCUUCGGAUCAGGUCUCUCCUCCCCCUCCCCGGUGGGUAAAAGAGCGCGGCGGCGGCUUCCGGGCUGCCGUUCCAGCCAUUGGCCAGCUGCAGGGCGGGGCUUCCGGGGCCGGGCGCCGACUAUAAAGGGAGGGGCCCUGCGGUCUUCCCGGGAGACUCGAGGGCGCACGAGGCUCGGCGCUGCUGCUGAUUGGUCGAGCCGAGCAGGCAGCGGAGAAAGACGAGCGGGAGCGCCACUUGCAGCGCCUUUUCGCCACCCAGACCGGCAGACCCGCCGCACGCACGCCUGACGAGCCGUUGCCCAGGCCCAGCCGGAGGAGGAAGAGGAGGGAGCCGCUGCGCGCCGUCCGCACGAUGGAAGCCGCGCCGGUCGCCGUGGCCAGCCGGAGGGACGCGAGCCCGCGCGUAUAGCGACCGUCCCCGACGCCCCGCGGGCCGCUCAUUCCCGCCUCCCGCCUGCCACUUCUCCUGCCCGCGCACCGGGGCGCGCCGCUCCGUGGACGGCCGCCGCGUCAUGGGCUCCGGGGUCGAGCCGACGGCCGCCCUGGCGGACUCGGUGACCGUCGCGGCGGGCGGCGCGUCCUCCGGCCCGUUGGUGGCCUUCCUGUGGAUGCUGGUGCUGGGCUUCGUCAUCGCCUUCGUGCUGGCCUUCUCGGUGGGCGCCAACGACGUCGCGAACUCCUUCGGCACUGCGGUGGGCUCCGGAGUGGUGACCCUGCGGCAGGCGUGCGUCCUGGCCUCCGUCUUCGAGACGCUGGGCUCGGUGCUGCUGGGCGCCAAAGUCAGCGAGACCAUCCGGAAGGGGCUCAUCGACGUCAACAUGUACAACUCCACCCAGCAGCUGCUCAUGGCUGGCUCCGUCAGUGCCAUGUUCGGUUCAGCUGUGUGGCAACUAGUGGCUUCGUUUUUGAAGCUUCCCAUUUCAGGCACCCACUGCAUUGUUGGGGCAACAAUUGGCUUCUCUCUCGUUGCCAAAGGACAGGAAGGAGUCAAGUGGUCAGAGCUGCUUAAAGUUGUGCUCUCCUGGUUCAUAUCUCCCCUUCUUUCUGGAAUUAUGUCUGCUGUUCUGUUCUUCUUUGUCCGGAUGUUCAUUCUUUCCAAGGUGGAUCCUGUUCCAAAUGGGUUACGUGCGUUGCCCAUUUUCUAUGCCUGCACAAUUGGAGUCAAUCUCUUCUCUAUUAUGUACAGUGGUGCGCCUUUGCUGGGCUUUGACAAACUUCCUGUCUGGGGCAUCGUCCUCAUAUCGGCGGGGAGUGCUGUUGCCUGUGCUCUCGUCGUCUGGUUCUUUGUCUGUCCAAGAAUGAAGAAGAAAAUCGAACAAGGAAUCAAAUCAAGCCCUUCUGAGAGUCCUUUAAUGAAGAAAAAGAGCUGCCUGAAAGAGCCAGAUGAAACUAAAGUGGACAGCAGGAUGGCUGAUGACGAUGACAACCACAGGAGCUCCAUGGCUGAAGAACCCUCUGGGCCUCACAGAGCAGCUGCUGAAGAGAGGAUGGUCUCCUUCAACUUGGGGGACUUGGAGGAGAUUCCAGAGCAUGAGAGGCCACCCCGGGUAGAGAUGAAGGAAACCAGUCUUGAUAGCAGAGCCAUGCAGCUUCCCAACGGCAGCCUUGUUCAGUUCAGCCAUGCGGUCAGCAGUCAGAUGGGCUCCAGCGGGCAUUACCACACUGUGCACAAGGAUUCUGGCCUCUACAAGGAGCUGCUGCAUAAGCUUCACCUGGCGAAAGUGGGCGACUGCAUGGGAGAUUCUGGAGACAAGCCGCUGCGGCGGAACAACAGCUACACCUCCUACACCAUGGCCAUCUGUGGGAUGCCCCUGGAUUCGUUCCGUGUCAAAGAGGCUGAGGCGAGGGGAGGGGACGAGAUGGAGAAGCUGGCAUGGCCUGGAGCGGACUCCAAGAAGAGGGUCCGAAUGGACAGCUACACCAGCUACUGCAAUGCUGUGGCAGACGCCCACCCGGCUGAUGUGGAUUUGAGUAAGGUGGAGAAGGGUGGUGGUGGCAGCAGUGGCUCUCUGGAUGAGUGGCAUGACCAGGACAAGCCGGAAGUGUCCCUCCUCUUCCAGUUCCUGCAGAUCCUGACGGCCUGCUUUGGAUCCUUCGCUCAUGGGGGAAACGAUGUGAGCAAUGCUAUUGGUCCCCUGGUUGCCCUCUACUUGGUCUACCAGACGGGCGAUGUGGCUUCUAUGGCGGCAACUCCCAUUUGGCUGUUGCUCUACGGUGGAGUUGGGAUCUGCACUGGCCUGUGGAUCUGGGGGAGGAGAGUCAUUCAGACCAUGGGGAAGGAUCUCACUCCCAUCACACCAUCUAGUGGCUUCAGCAUUGAACUGGCAUCUGCUUUGACUGUGGUCAUCGCUUCAAAUGUUGGCUUGCCGAUCAGCACAACUCACUGUAAAGUGGGAUCGGUGGUCUCUGUGGGCUGGCUGCGCUCUAAGAAAGCUGUGGACUGGCGCCUGUUCCGCAACAUCUUCAUGGCCUGGUUUGUCACAGUCCCCAUUUCUGGCCUCCUCAGUGCUGCCAUCAUGGCGCUGCUGAAGUACCCCAUCCUAGGAGUGUGAGGCAGGCAGGCUGGAGCCCCCAUCGCUGUGCUGCGCAAGCACCUGUUUGCAUCAUAGCCUUGCCAAGUGGCUGGAACAGUGUUAGGGUGACUUCGCCGCCGCAAGAGGAGGGCAUGGUAUCUUCUUUAUGCUGUACCUGCUUUUAUUCAUAAUCUCUUGUCUUGGAACAAAGAAGUCCCACUUCUGCUGGGCUGUGAAUAAUUGUGUCUACAUUUCUAUAUUGUUUUGUAUUGAUCUUCAACUUCAUAAUGUUGUUAGACGUACCAUUCUUGUUCUGUGAGCUGAGCUGCAAACCUGGCAAUUGCAACAAGGAGGAAGUAGCUGAGCAGAAUUGUAUGUGUUGAGGGGCCACUUUUAUAAAUAAAUAAAAUCUUUUUUUAAUUAA